AACGCAAGACUGCAGCAUCUUCACCGAGAGAACGAGCAGGACAAAACGUCUCUUUCUCUGUCUUCCUCCAGCUCCGAGUCUCCGGACCCUUCUCACCCACCCGUCACCCCUGGGUGUCUUCGCGACUGGAGCCAGGAAAGGAUAAGAAGAACGAAAUUCUGAUAGCCUAAGAAUCGGAUUUUUUUUCUAUUAUUGUUAUUAUUGCUUCACCGAUCACCCUUUCAUUUCUUCUCUCCUCGGCUGACUUCGCCUCUUUGCGCUUUGCGUUGUGUUUUUGUUUUGUUUUGGUUACUGUUCCGUUUCGCUGGUUAUUGCAGAGGAGCGCCACCAUCCUGUACCGCCUGACAUGAGUACUGGUUGCAGCGGAAUGAUACACAUAUCCUAGCCCGCUUAUCUGAAGGUUGAUGGAACUGUGACGCUCCACUGGCACGUUUUUAGUAGCCUAGAAGUCGCUCCAUCUGCAGAGGUCUCCUGUUUUCUCCCUCUCUGAGCCGCUCCAGCGUUUCUUUCUUUCUGCCCCUGCGCAGCAUCUCUCUGUACGCACGGCGCACCACGGAGAAACGCGCAGCUAACCUACCCCGUUCGUAAGAAACAGGCGUAUUUUGCAAUUCCUAAAUCGCUUUUACCCUCUCCAAGGACUCAUCUGCACGGCUACGCUGCGUAAAAAAAACGGAAAGGGGGGAUUUAAACGCAAACGCAGCCUAAGCAUCCAAGAGCAAGCUCGAAAAUGAUGGCCGGCGGAGCAGUACAACAAAACGGCAUUUUCUCAAAUCCUCACCAUCACAAUCAACAACCACACAUGGAGUCCGAUCCCCCGGACUCACGUAAAAGACCCCUGGAGACCCCAACGGAGGCCAGCAGCACCAAACGCACAAACACGGGAGUGGCCUUCCUGCAGCCCCUAUUUGAAACUGAAGGCAUUGUAUUCCCUCACCAAGAAACUGAGACUCAUGAGGAAGGCGAGUACUUCCUGAAGGUUUUGAUUCCCAGCUAUGCGGCGGGUUCAAUCAUCGGGAAGGGAGGUCAGACCAUCGUCCAGCUCCAGAAAGAAACUGGCGCCACCAUCAAACUGUCCAAAUCCAAAGACUUCUACCCCGGCACAACAGAGCGUGUGUGUCUGAUCCAGGGGACUGUGGAGGCACUGAAUGGUGUCCAUGACUUCAUCGCUGAGAAGGUGAGGGAGAUGCCUCAGAGCACCCAGAAGACAGAGCCGGUGAGCAUCCUGCAGCCGCAGACCACCGUCAACCCGGACCGAGUCAAACAGGCCAAGCUGAUCGUCCCCAACAGUACAGCAGGCUUGAUCAUUGGUAAAGGCGGAGCUACAGUCAAGGCAGUGAUGGAACAGUCUGGGGCGUGGGUCCAGCUAUCCCAGAAGCCAGAAGGUAUCAACCUGCAGGAGCGUGUGGUCACUAUCAGCGGCGAGCCCGAACAGAACCGGAAAGCAGUGGAGAUCAUUGUCCAGAAGAUCCAGGAGGACCCACAGAGCUCCUCGUGCCUCAACAUCUCCUACUCCAACAUCACAGGGCCAGUCGCCAACUCCAACCCCACUGGCUCACCGUACGCCAACUCAACCGAGGUCAUGCCAGCUGCCGCAGCCGCUGCCGCAGCUACGGCUUCUUCUCUGCUCGGUCAGGCAGGCCUGGCUGGGGUUGGAGCCUUCCCAACCACUAUGUCCAGCCUCUCAGGCAACGACUUGCUCGCCAUCACUUCUGCCCUCAACACUCUGGCCAGCUAUGGUUACAACACCAACUCUCUGGGCCUGGGGCUCAACCCUGCUGCUGCCUCAGGGGUUCUAGCCGCAGUAGCGGCUAAUGCAAACCCAGCAGCAGCUGCUGCAGCUAAUUUGUUAGCAUCCUAUGCCAGCGAUGCAUCCACCAGCGCUGCUCACCCUGCAGCCAGUCUCGGAGGCUUCUCUCUGGGAUCCCUAGCUGCCGCUACAGGGGCCACCAAUGGUUACUUAAGCGCUGCUUCACCACUUGUGGCGUCAUCUCUACUGGCCACAGAGAAGCUAGCAGAAGGAGCAAAGGAAGUGGUGGAGAUCGCUGUGCCAGAAAACCUAGUGGGAGCCAUUCUGGGGAAAGGAGGGAAGACGCUAGUGGAGUACCAGGAGUUGACCGGCGCCAGGAUCCAGAUCUCCAAGAAGGGCGAGUUCAUUCCUGGAACUCGGAACAGGAAGGUGACCAUCACAGGUUCCCAGGCCGCCACACAGGCUGCACAGUACCUGAUCAGCCAGCGAAUCACCUACGAGCAGGGGGUACGCGCCACCAACCCACAGAAGGUGGGCUAAACCUGACAGCCGAUGAGAAACGAGGAGGAAAAGAGGAAAAAAAAGAGUGGGGGCUUGGGGGAGGAGUAUAAAAAAAGUGAGAGUGAGAAUGGAAAAAGGAGAGGAGAGCAAGAAUGUCGGAAGGAAUCGUUCGCACCGUUUUCUUCUGCGUGUUUUCAGUAUUCUCUAUUAAAAAAAAAUUUUUUUGACGCAAAGCAAAAAUGUGCUGAGAAGACGAGGAGGGAGAGGAGCGAGUUAUUACGCUGAAAAACCAAGAAAAAAAUGUGCAAAAUGUAAAUAAGGUUUUAUUACUUAACGUCUUGACCUUUUGGGAUUUUUUAUUGUUUUGUUUAUUGUUUUAUUGUUUCGUUUCGUUUAGUAAAUUAAGCUGUCUGUUUGUUUGUGUAUUGUGUGGACAGAGCUGAAUGCCAUGUAGACAGGCCGACUGCCUGAGAGGCUACAGGAAGUGGGGGGAUGGAGGGAAGGGCAUGGGUGCGGCAAGGCGGAGGGUUGGGGUUUACAGGGUACAGCCCUCCACCAACCCCGAACCCAAUACGGAAACAACCCUUAGCCCUCCCUCCCCCUGCAGACCACACCCAUCACCCUCCAGUAGGGUUUUUGUUUUUUCUUCUAGGAGAUUUACCCCAAAACCCCUCGCCCCACCUCCCUUGAAUGCCCCUCUCACUUUUUGCUCCCCUGACCCGCCCCUCUCCCUUUUACAAGGGUUUUUAUAACAAACAAGACUGCAAACCUCAGCCAGGUGUGCGAGAGAAGAAAUGCCCUUGACUCCUCCCCCACAGCCGACACCUUCUAUUACUUCACCCGCAUAUGAUCGUACCUCCCUCCUCCUCCCCCCGUCUGGGAGAUGAAGGGUGAGGUGAAAUUGGGCAGAGGUGCGGGAGAGAGAAUCAACCGGGCACUUUUUUUUCUUUUGCACACCUUCCCAUACCUGUGAUGUAUCCCACAAGCAGUGCAGCGCUGCAGGGGUGUUACAGCAUGUGACGCCCACCCCCACGUGUGGCUCUAACGUCUCAGAUAGAAAGGCGAAGCGCACGCCAAUGACCUCACAUAGUGAAAAACCCAUAAACAACAAGAGCGACACAGCGCAGGCUGCGGCAAACACACAGGAUCUAUGGCAUUUUUUGCAGUCUGCUGUGAUAAUUCUAUUAACUAUAUUGUCGAUAUAGGAAUCAUUACCUUCGUCAUUAUUUAUUAAUGAGUUCACCCAUAUAAGGCUCAGUUGUGUUUUUUUUUAAUCUGUGAAUUCAGGUUGACAUGAAUGUAAAUGAGACUAUUUUUGAUUUGAUUCUUUUGUUUUAAUUUAAGUGGAUUGAAGAUGAAUAGUAAUGUCACAUAGUGUAAUAUAUGUCUUAUUUAAGUCCAGUAAGAAAGCCAACCCAGGCAUUAGGAUCAGUACAGUGAAGGAUCACCUUGUAUAUCCAGUCAAAGAACAGACCAGGGAACACACACACACACACACACACACACACACACACACGUUUUCACAGUGAAACAGAACAUUAUGAUGCCAUAUUUGGUGCUAGGAAAGGGAAAUCACCAUAUCUAUGAUGCAGACUGCAGUAAGACUUCUAGAUUAGCAAGAAAAGCUCUAAACGUCUCGUACCACAGGCUGCAGUGCAGCUACAUUAACCUCCCUGGUUAUCAUGCUUAGCUCCUAGCUCAUGCUGCAAAAGAUCACUGCUGUUUAUAUGCCCUGUUGCAGUUUGCCUACAUUGUAAAGUUGUAACUAAAAUGAAUAAUCCAGUUGAACUGAAACUAAUUCUCGGAUAAACUGCUGCUCGGCCUGUGGACGCCCGAACCCUUCGGAUUAACCCAAACCACAGACUAGAUAGAGCGAGAGCAAUUAAGACUAACAAGAUACUACUGAGAAAUGCAAACAUUUAGUCGGAGGUGACACUGAAACAUGACAAAGGAACGUCGUUUAUCUGGGGUCCACUGCUGAAUCUGCAAGCCUCGCUAGUAGAUUUGCUUUUUUACGGCAGCGUGCAUAUCAGUAAUGGAGAUAAAUAGGCUCACUGACCUUUGCUCUUAUCAUGCAUCCGUCCAACUGCCAAUGAGAUGAAGGGCAGAUGAGAGAUUUUUAACAUAUGUCCUGGGAGCUGAGCUCAUUUCUGCCUCUGGCAAGCUGUAGGUCUCCCUCAGAAACGGAUUUACUGCCCACUGUAGACCCAGGAGGCUGCUGAAGAUGCUGUUGUUUCUUCUGUUGUUGAGUUUUUUUUGUUUGUGUCGUGUUAUUUUUGUCUGUUUUUUUUUAACAAUCGGAGUACACUGAAUUUUUUUUGUCUUAAUGCACUGUGAAGCGAGGGAGAGUUUCUCUCGACCUAUGAGGUCAGGGAUGUGUGCUAUAGAUGGCAUCGUUGACUGGAUGGUUUUUUGUAUGGCAGGGAAAAAAAUACGCAUAUAUGAAAUAUAUGUAGAAUGCAUAUGAAGAACUUCACCAGAAAUGCACAUCAUAUCUGAAUAUUGAUGGAGGUGAAAGAGACUAGGUCGAUGAAGAGGAUCAAUCAAUUGAGGUCAAUUAGAUCCUACUUACCUGUUAUCUUGGGAAAGUGUUUUGUAAUUAGGGGGCAGGAUGUUGGGGAGUGUUAGGUGUCCAGUAGCAGAUUAAAGAGACUGGAACAAAUUCUAAAUUCAGUAUCCUAUCGCAGCUGUGUCUUUCUCACGUACUGCACGUCCAACAGGCAAGUCCCUGGACAGAGAUUUAAUUCUAACAGUAGCUGAAGUAUGACGGAAUGUAAAAGGCCAAAAAUGAGGAGGGGGUGCAUUUGAUUUAUUGACCUAAAAGCCUGGUGAGGGGAGGGAACACCUCUAAGACUAAAUAAACAGACCUUUUGAUUCUUUUGAAACCAAUCCGACCCAAAAUCCUCCACUGUGCUUUUGAAUGUGUCACUCUCUGUUGGAGCGCCAGUGAGGGUUUAUCUCCACAGCUUGGUAAGGAGGCUUCUUUACUCCCAUCUAACACCAUCCACACUCUCCUCACCCUCCCACUCGUCCUCAGUUUUCCAGUGCACUCCCAUCCUGACACCCCCUCUCCUCCUACCACAUCGCUCCAUGGGUGACUAUGUCUGGUGUUACGAUCAAUGCAUGUCUGCUGCUUGCCCCGACAAACGCCACAGAUUGAGCCUCUUCUCUCUUUGCCUCCUCGGGCAGCUGAGGCUCGGGCCACCAAAUGCGACACCAUCAGAAAACAACCACACCCGAAGAGGAAGUCAUAGCUGGCAGGGCACAGUGCAUAAACACUCUUAUUUGUAGUUUGUACUUCAUAACAGUGGUGAGAUACAUUACUAGCUUGGAAAACAUUGCACAAACACACACAUAUUUUGAGGGAAUAAUUUCUCUUUGAUAGGGUUUGACUGGAUUUUAUUGCAAAACCUCAUAAAAGAUCACAGGAAGCCAGUGUGCUUUUGCUCUGCUAUAGAAAUAUACUGUGCUGAAUGCAUUCAGUCGGCUGAUUUCCAUUUUAUUUAGAGUAAGAUUUGUCUUUUUUGUGCAGGUAGACUUAUUUAUGGACUUACUAUCUAUUGAGCAAUUUUGGAAAUUAAUUUUAGGUUUCUUGGUCAGACAAAACAAGCAAUUUGUCACAUGUAGUUGUUUAGCGGAAACAAUAAUUACUCAGGUAAUUUAAAUUAAGAUUCCGAAUGCGAAUUAAUUGAAAGUCACGUGCCCGUGUUUCCUCCCCCUGCUUGGAAAUUGUGCAGCACAGUAUGUUUACAAUGGCAAAACCACACUGAAAUUCCUUAUAUAGGUGCCAUUUGAUUUAAUACUUUAAUUCUUUUUUAUCUUAUUAAUUAAACCUUAGGAUGACUGUCUUUUACACAGCAGCUAAUCUCUUUAGUUAUCAUAACGUUAGGGGAUUGAGAUAAAAUGUGACAAGUACUAGAAGCAAUACAUGUUGUGUCGUCCCGUCCCUUAUCCUCUGUGUGCCGUAGGAGCUUUUGGAUUUACCCGUAGACGUUGAAUAGGUUUACACGAGUAAUUUUUUUUUCAAUUUGUGGAAGAUGCUGCUAUUUAAUAAUAAUAACAAGAAAAAGAAUACAAAGUAAAAACAUAUCGAAAACUGUCCUUUAGCUGGAGAGGCUAGUUGCAAGCGGCAGUGUAAUACACGCUCUGUUAUAAGCUGACAAUAAGUUAAUAAGAGCAUAAUUUUAACCUGAACAAGUAAAACCUGUGCCAAAACAGAACUGUAAAUGUGUUGAUUUAAAUCACAUUAGGUAAGAGGAGACAUACUUUUAUAUUAAGAAAAUGUGAAAAGUGCCAAAUGAACCAUAUUUAUAAAUCAAUACAUAGGAAGGCGGUCAGUUUUUGAGAACUAGGUACACUAACAGACAACGCGCUUCAGUAUAGCAGUUUGUUCAAUCCCUCUUCACUCCUGCCACAAGACGAGGGACCUCCAUGUUAGCCAAGUGUUAGCCUGUCCUCUGGGAACUACUCUUCCCAGGAUGCAACAGCACUAUGACUCUGGGGCUAGACGUAUCAAUAUAGCGAUAGGUUAGCAUAAUAAUGCUAAAAAAAAAUGUGACUAGAUAGCAUUCUUAAACACAGCCUUUUAUAGUUACGAUGAAGAUGUAUUUUGUGGAAAUAGAUGUUAUCUUUUUUGCACGUCUAUAUUGCAUGAUAUCAAAGUGAAGCGUGGACAAAAAAAAUCAAAGAAACAAAAAAAAAGAAAAACCAUUUAGGAAGUGUGUGUUGUUCAUUUUUCGGAGACAAAUCUUUGCAUGCCGAUAAGGGUAGAGCAUUUUGGUAUUGUUUUACACGCGUUCAGAUGUUCGUUGUUUUUCGAUGCAGUCGCGUCGAGUCCCGGUCCACCUGCUGCAGGUGAAGACGAUGUUUGAUUUCGAUGUCACGACCGAGUGAGUAUUUUGUCGCUAAGCUGUCUAACCUUCCUCAGAGGGAUACGAACAAAACUCUCGAACAAACCUAAGACUAUUUUGCUACUUGUUGAGCGAGCUUGGACUAAACGCUUCUCAGUUCCUACUUAACUUUCGAACAAUUUUUUGAAGAAAAAAAAAUCUGGAUUUAUUUUCAAAUAAUAGACUGAGAUUGUCCAUGAAUGUACUCACCUCUCCAUAAGUUUGCAUAUCACUCUUCUGACCACUGGCGUGCAGUAGAGGCUUACAUGUGUUUUAGUGUGUCUCUGUAAUCUAACCUUACUAACCCCUCGACGCACUCUGUCAGGCUCUCAGUAUUAAUAUGUUGUCUGUCCUUUGAGCCCCCACGCUCUGAGCUCUGGCUUGUCUUGUCAUUGAAAUGCACCUUAUUGACCUCAAAUAUGACAUGGAGCAUCUCUGGUCCCGCCCCUCGUGGUCGCGAGAGACUCGUAAAGAGAGACAGUGUGUGAGAAAGAGGUGAAAGCUCCCCUCCCUCACUUUUAAAUCCAAAAUAACGCAGAGACACACUAGGCUGUGUGCUGCACCGCCUGCCUCCCUCGGGUGACUCGCUGCAGAAUUUGGGACAGAUUGUGUUUUCACUCCCUUAACAUGCAAUCCAAGGCUCUGAUCUCGGGGAGAGAGAAAAAAAACAGCACUGAACAUUGCCAGUGUGGGUUUUGAAUCCUGAUCCCCCUCCUCCCCUCUCUCUCUGUCUCUCUCUGUCCUAAGUUUCCCAGUUCAGUUUAAUUAGAUGCUAUUGGCUUCGGUGUCAAACUUUUUUGUUUUUUUGCCAAAGUCUCUCUCCGGAUUUGUAGUGCGGUCAUGCUUCGUAUACUGACAGAUAUUGUCAUGGGAAGUGGCCCGCUGCUCACAAAACUAACUGAGAUGGGGAAACGAUCGGGAUUUCCAUUAUUGCUCCUCAGUGACACGUUUGCACUAAACCUUCUGCUGUUACAGUGCACGGCACGCCGAGCUGAGGUGGGGGUCAGUGUGCGAGACUACUGUAGAUGGUAGCCUUACUGUAGGUGUUCAUUCAGCAUUGUAUUUAGAUGUGCAUGCUCCUCUCUCUCUCCCGCCCUCUGAGUUUGUCUGCUUUAGGCCCGCUCCGUGGUGUCUGUGUUGCGGCGUAGCCGGCUAGCCAUGUUUUAUUCAUGUCUUAUUUUUGUUGGCGUUUGUUUUUACUGUAGAGGAAUGCAAACUCAAAUCUAACCUGCUCGCCAGGUGACCUCAUUGCUUCUCAGUGGGUGUGUGGCUCUCUGACAUAGUCCCCAGCUCUUGUUUUCUGCCCCCCGCCUACCCUCCACCGCCACGCCUACCUCCACAAACCCACUCUCACCCACACCCACCGCCUUUUCAAAACAACAUCUAAGACAUCUUUUGGGACCCCGCUCCCCACCCCCUUUUCCACCCUUCUUCCUCCCCCAACUCGGGCCCCAUCGAAGCACCAGCAACUGUAGACUGCAUUUGUCAUAUCACUGUUUUUCUGUUCCUUCUCUCGUUUCUCUGUUUAUUUUUUCCUGGUUUUGAUUUGUACUGUAUGCUCUAACCCAAACCAGUUUUAACAAAAUGCCAUUUUCUGUAUGUAGCCUGUUUACCCUACUCCACCCUCCCCUACACACACACACACACACACACACACAAACACAAUAUCCUCCAUGCCCUCUUUUUUUGCACUUUCACUGCCCACUCCUCCUCCUCGCCCAAACAUACACACACUUUCCUCCUCCGCCUCCCACGAGUCUCUUCUCUCGAGUGCCAAAAUAGAACAGAGAGGAAAAAAAACAAAACAAAACAAAAAAAAGACAACAACAACAACUACUACUACUACCAUUCCAAGCGUUUCUUUGAGUUGUUCUUGUGUGUCGGACAUCCAUCCUGGAAGCACCCAUGAAGCCAGCAUGCUCCGCCCUCAUAACAUGAUGUCGCUCAUGACGCCUCAACUGAACAGCACCUUGCCCCCCACCACCACCACCUCCUCCUCCUCCUCCUCCUCACCACCCCCACAGAGCUAAACCCGACAAGGAUUAACCCUUCUGCAGGUUGGCUACCUACCUACUGUCCUGCCUCUCAACCUACCUUAAAAAAAAAAAGCCCUACCGCUCAUGCCAGCUGCUUUCCUAAUUCUGUCAUUUCUUCAGCCUGUGGGACUUCAUUGAUUGUGUGCCAUAGUGUUGGGGGCACCUUUCACUCUCCUCACCUCCCCCUUCUUUCUAUACCCCCACCCCACCUUUCUCUCUCUCUCUCUAUAACCCCUCUCGCUCUUGCUCCAUUUGAUUUUUCUCGAUGGGAAAGAUUAAAAAAAAAACUCCAUUUUCUAAUGAUGAUUUUUUUUGUUGUUGUUUAACAUCCAAACCACGCACGCCGACACAUGCACCGCCCCCAGUGCAGUGGUGUGGGGAGUGUUUACGCACCGUCAGCUGCGCAGCCAUCCUCUGUCUUCUUGAACUUUUUGAACUUUCACCCCCUCAUGAACUUUAUUGACCUUCUUCCUCCUCCUCCUACCCCCCUUCUGUGUUCAUCCAACUGUUUGGACGAUAACUCUCCAUUCCAUCCCCAAAACCUCUCUGAGACUGUGCAAUGCUAGCUGAUAUGAUUGGAUUUUUUUGUUUGUUUGUUUGUUGCUCAUCAUUGGGGACAGUUCUCUGAGCUAUAAGUCAAAAAAGAACAAAAAAAAACAUAUGAAAGGAAGAAAAAAUAUUUUAAAAAAUGCAGACAAACAAAAAAAGGAUAAAACACUAAACAAUUGUUUCUCCACAAUUUCAUUUUUUUUCUCUCUCAUUGUAAAUAUUUUGUCAGAUUUUUUGCCGAGGUGUAAAGAGAGAAGUGUUGAGCAGAAAGGGGCGGGCAGCAUAAAGAGAAACUAGUGGACGCGGUAGACGAUCGUAACACUUUUCAUCCUCUGUAUCCGAUACUUAGGUCUGCCUGUAUAAUCGGCUAUGCUAGUUCUACUGUGUUAACCUGUGCUGUUGUUAUUAGUGUUGAUUUACCUACUGUAUUCGCUGUUUAGCGUUCAUGUCGGCUAGCAAACUUUUUAGAUAAGUGUGCUCAUCAAAUAAUAAUACUAAUCUUGAGAAAUAGUCCGAGCCAUUCUCAACGUAGGCUUGCUUUUGUACAUUUGUUGAUGUUUCUUAACAGUGAGUUGUAGUGGCACUAGUAUCUUUUUAAUCAUCAAGCCAUAGUGAUUGAAAACGCUUGGUCAUGUUAGAGACAUAUCAUCGUGGAAGACGGCUCGACUCAGCUCCUCCAAGUCGGAGAAAAAAAACAAAAACAGGGAGGCGGAGACAGGAAAAUUGAAAAACAAAAGAAGAAGAAAUUAAGCUCCUCCCGGGCUACAAACUGAGGAAGAUGAGCUGCUAACUUUUGUGCAAUACAGUCCUAGUUUACAUAACAUAGAAGGAUAGUUUAGAGAUGAUUAACCUCUGCAGGUGCCGCUCAACCACUCCGCUGCCUGCAGAACCAAACUUGUAUCAUAUCUCCAUAUUUCGCCUCCACAUCAAAGACAUGUUGAAAGUAUUAAAGUGACUGUGUGAGAUUAGACUCCACCAUUUCAUUGCAUUGCUCUGAGCUCCACUCUUGAUUUAUGCUGCCUGCCCCAUUGCCCAGAGAACACCACAUGAGCUAUUUAUUUCUCAGACUAUUAUUAUUAUACUAUUAAUAAAUAACAACACAACGAGAAAAAGGGAACGACUGGAAAAAGGUGAAUUAAUAUUAUAAUUGUUUUGUUUUUAUUUUUAGUAUUUAGUGGUUGCUUUUAACAACAUUCAUUAACUGACUUAAAGAUUACUGAAUAUUUAAUGUAAUUGUAGCAUUGUGUUUGUAAAGAGAAAAAAACCUAGUGAGUUGUGUUUCUUGACUUGUGGAUUACCAGUGAAGUGGGCAAUCUAGUGCUAAUAUAUAUGAGGUCUUUUUUUAAGGAUUCUUAUUUUGCGACAGCAACAGCAGUCAUUAUAAAUGUUCAUUUUAGCAUCA